UUCACAGGCUGGACCGCUGGUGUGUCGCAGCACAUAUUUGUAUGCAUUUAGGACUAGAGCCGCUGUUGGGAACGCGCUGUCGUACACGGCUUUUACACCAGCAGCCUUGUUACCUAUCGUUUCAUAUUUUUUUUGAGGAGGGAGGAAAUGAGUCGCAGCGUUGCGCUUUAAGGGGAAGCCAGAGGAGGACAGACAAACAGGAUUCAAACAGGUGUCCGGUUGUCUCCCAUCAGCCCGAGCCCACGGAGGAGGAAGAGACAGGAGAGGCGGCAGAGAGGGGGGAAAUACGGGAUAUACUGAGUGUUCAUCAAGAAAUAGCGCUGUCACUGUGCAAAUCAAUCCGCUAAUUUCAGGUUUUCCCUUUCCGUUCACCACGCGCUCCCUCGGCUCUGAUGGUGAUGGUGACCCGGCGGCCAAAAACCGGCACAAACCCGUCCGCUCGCACCGAGAUUAACAGGUGAAGACUGUUGCAGCCGUGCAUCUUCUUUUCUUUCAACCCCUCCGUCUCAGAGGAGGAGGAAGAGGAGGUGAUAGAAAGGAAGGAAGGAGGGGAGGCGGUGACCGACAUCCCCCACGGGACAGGCCGAGCGACCCACGCUUCUAACAGGUGUGUCUGAGGAGGGCUUCCACAAUCUGCACCGCCCGUCAGUCCGGCCGGUCUCCCUCCCCCGGUUAUCUUCUUCUUGUCUCAUUGUUCCUGCAACAAACAACAACCCAUAAUUACAUCCACAUCAGGGGCUGGUCUGGACUUACAUUUGGUGGCUUUGGCAUCCCAGUGAGCGCUUAUUCGUGUCUCCUGCCGGUCUCUCCGCAGCUCUCCAUUGGUGCGUAAUAGCAGCGAGGAGGAAGGAGGAUCCAAACGGCUCAUUUUCAGACGUUAAUUAAAGAAAAAAACGGGACUUUUUGUUGUGGCUUCGUUUAUUUCUUAAGGAUUUUAGGGGUUUUUUUUUUUGGUUUGAUUUCUUUCACCAGAUUUUGUUGCAGGUUUGGACGGAUUUCAGCCCCCCCCUUUUCAGGCGACGCUCGCGUUUCCCAGGCGUUUUUUUUUUUUUUUUUAACGGACAGCAAAGUGGGGGUCUUUUUUAUAAGGGGGGGGGACUCUUCUCUUGUUAGACACAAAGUGUACCUCGUUUUAUCAUGACAACGAGAAAAGCCAACAGCGGGACGGACACGGUGACGACCUCCUCCACCGCCAACCACCACCAGCAGCACCAGAACCAGCCGAGGAGCCGGAGUCCCAGCGGCUUCAGCAGCGGGGUUCCGGCGUCCGAGGCGGCGGGCGGAGGGGCGGAGAUGUUCGGGGAAUUUCAGGACUGGUGCCUGCGGACGUACGGGGACUCCGGCAAGACCAAGACCGUGACCCGGCGCAAAUACAACAAGAUCCUCCAGACCCUCCUCCAGGGGGACGAGGAGAACAGCAACGGCGUGUUCCUGCACGAGAAGGGCAACAACCACAUCAACGCCAAAUUUAAAUUCUGGGUCAAGUCCAAAGGCUUCCAGGUCGGGACGCUGCAGGACGCCAAGAACGGGUCCUCGGACAGACCGGUGCUGUACGUCCCCAUCAAGGCGACGUGUGUGGACAGUGUAUCAGGGGCCGACUCGUCCCUGAAGCGCGUGGCGGUGGUGGAGGAUUUCUUUGACAUCAUCUAUGCCAUGCACGUGGAGAUCAGCACCGACCCCGGCAAAGCCCCGAAACACGCCGGCCAGAAGAAGACCUACAAAGCUAUAGCGGAGACGUACGCCUUCCUGCCCAGAGAGGCGGUGACUCGUUUCCUGAUGAGCUGUGGAGAGUGUCAGAAGAGGAUGCACAUCAGCACCACAGGACAGGACUGCAAAGAGAACGACAGGCCGAGCUCUCUGGUGUUGGAGGUGAUAGACUACAACAUGCCUCUCACCACCACCUACAUGAAACAGAUGAAGCUGCAGUGUAUGAGCAACAACAAGGAUGACAGUUCACUGAGCAGCGAGGAGGAGGCAGAGAUGAGCGAGCCUACAUGGCUAGCAGCUGAUCUGGGAGCAGCGUCUGACCUGAGCCCGCCAAGCCGAGGAGAAAGGAUGCGCCACAGUCCCCAGAACGCACACAGCAAGGAGGAUGACGAGGACUCAUCAUCAGAGAGCGGCAGUGGAAAUGGCCUGCCUGCCCUGACCCCGCCCUCCUCCGCGGUAACGGACGGCGCCAUAGUCAGGGAAACCGAGGUCGUCAAUGGCAACGGCGGCCCCGCCCCACUGGACUUCAGCACGCCCACUUCCUCCUCAUCAUCAUCCGAGGACCAGCAGCCGAUGAACCUGACUGACCCACCCCCUCAGCGCCUGCCUCUGUCCACCUCGCACCUGCCUGUCACCGUGUCGGCAGCAGCUGCCGCGCUGCUCGGCGCCCUGCAUCCCAACGCGCCCGAGGAGCUCCGCAGGAAGUACCCUCUGGCUGCCAAACCUCCCCUGGCUCCACACCCGGCCCUGCCGCUGCCACACACACACAGCCAUCACACACAUAAUGCACACACUCCCAACACACACUCCCAGUCCCAUGCUGCAGAGCUGCGACUGGACCGAGACGGCAGGGACUAUGGGGGCAAGUCCCCCCAGUACAGUUCAGGUGGCAGCUACGACAGCGUGAAAAUGGACUUGAGUGCCGAGGACCUGACCAUGGGGCGUCAUGGCAGCCAGGUUGCCCCCGACGAUGACGACGACGACCAUGACGACCACGACGACAACGACAAGAUCAACGACACAGAGGGAGUCGAUCCCGAGAGACUAAAGGCCUUCAACAUGUUUGUGCGUCUGUUUGUGGACGAGAACUUGGAUCGAAUGGUUCCCAUCUCCAAACAGCCCAAGGAGAAGAUCCAGGCCAUCAUCGAAUCCUGCAGCAGACAGUUCCCAGAAUUCCAGGAACGCGCCCGCAAGCGCAUUCGCACCUACCUCAAAUCCUGCCGACGUAUGAAGAAGAACGGCAUGGAGACCCGUCCUACUCCACCUCACCUCACCUCAGCCAUGGCUGAGAACAUCCUGGCUGCCGCCUGCGAGAACGAAUCACGCAACGCCGCAAAGAGGAUGCGCCUUGAAGCCUAUCACGAUGAGCAGAUCUCUAUGGACAAGCCGUCCAGCGGUGGAGGAGGUCUGCGGGAGCCGGCGUCCCUUGCUCACUCCGCCUACUCCCUGGCCGCAUCAGCCUUCUCCUCCCAGGACACCCAGCUCUACAUCAACGGAGCCGGACUCAGCUACGGUUACCGUGGAUACCCGGGCCUGAGCGCUGCCAUGCAACACCCCGUUUCCCUGACGACCAGCGCUGCUGCACAGAGCAACGGUCCCACAGACCUCAGCAUGAAAUCUCUCUCCUCUGCCAACAUCAGUAACUCCACCUCCUCUGCCUCCACCAACAACAGCCUGGGUGGGCGGGGCAGCGGGGGCGCAGGAGGGGGCGGGGCGUCAACACAGCUCAGCCAACCAGAGAUCACGGCCGUUCGUCAGCUGAUCGCCGGCUACCGGGAGUCGGCCGCUUUCCUUCUUCGCUCAGCAGACGAGCUGGAGAACCUCAUCCUGCAGCAGAACUGAUCUGGGGGAGAUGUGGGAGAACACACACACACAGACAUACACACACUCAAACACACACACUUCUUAUUAUGUUUUGUGUCCGUCUGUGUCUCUCCUUACCGACGCUGAAUACCAGACGUCCUCUUGUUUUUGCUCUCCCCUCCUUAAAUCUGCGUUUGUCGGUUUCUCCUCAUCUGCCUUCUCUUCGGAAACUGUGGCCACUUUUUAUUUUUGGAGAAAAAGUGGUAAAGUGGGGCAGAGGGAGGGAGGGAGACCAAUCCCACCCCACCGUCCCCCAAAACAAUUCCCCCACAACCUCAAUCCAUGAAAGAAAAAAAAAAUUUGAAAGAAGGAGCAGAGCAUUUGGACUCUGGAGGAAUCUCUUCCUCUCCUCUCUGGAAGCACCUCACAAUCAGCACUACACUCUGAGCGAAGGAGUGUGGAGGAGAGGAAGAGAGGAGGAGGAGGAGUAGCCUGGAAGAAGACUGCAAGGUUGUUGAUUCUGCUGCUGUGGUUUCAGAAAAACAAACUUGGCCUCAUUGUGGGUGGAAAAGUGAAGUUUUUGAGUUUCCCUGAGGAGCUCCAACACGGGGAGUUUUGAUUGACGGGUGCGCCGUCUUCUGAUAUAACAGUUUAAAAGAUAUUAAGUAACGACUCCCUGAAUUAGUACUACUGAAGCUGUUUGUUAAAUGACAAGUGCUUUUGAUGUGAUUGAAGAUUUAAUUUGUUCUUUUUUUGGGGGAGUCCAGUGAGCAUUUUUUUGUUUCGUUAUUUUGUGUUUGUGUUUUCCCAAGUGACUGAAAGAAAGAGAGGCGGUUUGACUUAUCUUAAAAGAUAGCACUAAACACGGAAAAGACUUUGGGAGGGGCUUAAGGAUGGAAACUGGAAAAGAAAAAAGAAAAAAAAGGAGUUGUUUGGUUUAAAAAAAAAAAAAAAAGGAGAGAAACUUUUUUGUGCUCGCUUGUAUAUAAGCUCUCUGUGUCCUAUAGCACUUUUCCCUCACCUGAAACCUCACCCUGAACCCCCCCCCCAUCCUCCUCACCCCUUUUACCCAGGGAGCAACCUGCUACUUAUGCAUCCAAAACGCCAUGUUGACCACCAGAAAAUACCUCAGAUCAGACCUGCCAAUUAAAUUUUCAGUUCCUCACACACACACACAUACACACAUACGUACGUACACACACACACACAUACACACACACACACACACACACACACACACACACACACACACACACUCUGCAAGUAAAUGGUGACACUCCCACCAGAAGCCAGUUUACUUCUACUUUACCACCUGAUGUCUUCAAGGUUUAUAUAAUUGUUUGGGGGGAGAAUCAAACUAUGUAAUGUUGAGAACGAUGAAGCAUUUCAAGAACUGAAACUUUUCUUUCAUCUGUGCGGGUUCAUUCGUGUGCUGCUGUAUAUAAUCAGUUCAUCUUGAAAAACUUGAGAAGAAUCAGAGUGUGUUUCAGAGGGGAGGGAGGGGUUGUGUGUGUGUGUGUGUGUGUGUGUGUGUGUGUGUGUGUGUGUGUGUGUGUGUGUGUGUGUGUGUGUGUGUGUGUGUGUGUGUGUGCGCGUGCGGAGGGGAGGGGCUUUCUUAAAAGAAAGGGGGUUUAAAUGUUGAUAACUGGUGGCAAUUUUACCUCCCGCUUCUACUUUUUACAAAUGUAGAUGUAACGCCAACGAAACCUCAGCAUUGUUCUGUUUCCCCCCCCCCCUCCUUCCUCCUUCUCUUAUCCUCUUCUUCUCUCCAUUGGACCUACUGUACUCUUCACCUCUUCUUCAUGGACCUAAACACCCUCCUCUUCCUCCUCCCCUCCCUGGUCCGGUCCAGGUUUUAGAGGAAAAGGAGGCCUGCUCUGUCUUACUGUGUUUUGUCUGUUAAACUCUGAGAUGGCCAUUACUAUUGUUAUUAUUGUUAUUAUUAUUAUUAUUAUUAGUAUGAUUAUAAUGAUGAACUUUCAUGUUGCUGCUGCUAUAUAAAAACCGGACCUUCUGCCAUAGACCUGAAACCUCAACAAAGCCGGGCGUUAGCUAGCCGCAGUGCCCCGUGAAAACCCGACCAACCGACCAACCUCCUGCGACCUCAACUGCAACUCGACCACAACAAAGCAAAAACAACACAAAGACUGACGGGAGAACUAUCUUCAUCCUCUCGCAUCUCUUCUCUCUCUGACUGGUUGGUUGGUGUCUUUGUUUUUGCUUCAUAGGGCUCGAUUCAUGUUGUGUUUUGUGACUUUCUAACUGUGAAUUCUUUAAACCUCGUUUCAAUUUCUUCUCAUGUUUUCAUCCUCUGGAGGGCGCAGGGAGGGACAGUGCAUCUUCACCAUGGCACUCUGUGUUGGGCCCCACAAGUACACGCUCAAGUGUGGUUCAGUGUAGAAUGCCGAUUUAUUUUUUGGUUAAUCCAGAAGGAAAGAAGUGAGAUGGCACUCAAUUCCUGCAGAUAACUUUAAAAGAGAAAGUAAAUCCUUCAUCUUUUGCUUUCAGCCAUGUUGACAUUAUGCCAUAUGAAGGUAGUUUUUGUUGUCUUGCCCAGCAAGUAAAAAAAAAUAUAUUUAUUAGAAUACCUGAUUGCUCCUGCAGCCUCGCGUCCAGAGUCAAGCCCUCUUUGUUAAAGAAAAAGUUUGACAUUUUGCAAAAUUGGCCUGUUAUUUUCUGCGAGUUAGAUGAGAAGAUUAAUGCCACUCUCAUGUUAAAUAGAAAGCUGGAACUAGCAGCCGGUUAGCUUAGCUGGAAACAGGAAACAGGGACAGCUAGCCUGGCUCUACUCACAGGUAAUAAAUAUCCACCUGUCUCUGGAGACUCCAGGAAGUUAACGCUCCUGGCAGAGAAAUAUUCCGACUCAUUGGACGACCUGAGACAUGAGAGUCGUAUCAAUCUUCUCAUUUCUCAAAAUGUCACUCUGUUACUUUUAGGGAGUUGUAACAUUGGCAAGAAGCAACUCCAUUUUUUUAUCACCACUAUGUAGUUUUGUCUCUUGGUACAGUUGCUAAAAAAAAAAAAAAGACACAUUUUGUAUGAAAAAGCGUUUUGAACCACAUGACGCACCCACAUGCUCCUGGUUUCACUCAGCAACCUGCAGCACAGAAGAGGUUUGAAAAUGAACAAAACGUGACUUAUUGUAUCCUCCCGAGACAUUGCUCUGUGUACCGUGCUUCUACUGUAGUUCCUACUCAGUUCGACUGUCGUGUCACCGUGAUUUGCUCCCUUUUUGCACACUGAGCGAAACAAGUCAUCUGUGAUUUGAAGGUGGGUGGGGGGUGGGGGGGGGCUCUCUGUGUGGGUAUGCAUGUUUCCCCCAGCUUGCACUGCUGAAGUGAGACGUGAGCGGAGGUAGAGGUGUGGUGUUUUUUUUUGCAAUGCAGUUGAUAAUCAUAGCAUCCACUGGUCUUUUAGAUGGUUUUUUUGUUGGUGACGGGCUGCCCGCAGUGACAGUCAGACAGUUAAAUCUGGAUCAUAAGCGCUGGAUGGCGAGCUGUCGGGCUACAGAGCAGAGGAACAUGUGAAAAGCCAUUCGUUCAGGAGGUCGUAUCCGUUAAAAACCUCCAUCCAAACUCUGAUGGAUUCACAUUCAUGUGCAAUGUCAGAACCAGCACAUUGAGUUCAAAUUGUUUUGAAAUGUUGAAAAAUGUAAAUUAUUUAAUUUAUGGAAGAUUAGAUGUAGAGUUGUAAACGUUUUUUCUUUUGUUUUGUUAUUUUUCACAAAAAACGGGAAGCUCUGUUUAAAGUGUAAUCAUCACUGAAUGACACAAGAGAUAUAUGCAAAAAGACGACCCAACUAGAAGAGAAGGAGGAGAGAAGGAGGGGAGGAUGAUGUCGAAGAGUCAGACAUGUUGCCGUACAACCUUCAUCUUAGAGCUGAAGUCAUGUUUAAGAAGAGUGGUUGUGGUGUUCGAUUUUAGUUUGGUAUUUUUCUAAAACUUAAGAAAAUUUGAUUUGAAAAAGGGGAAAAUCUCACAAAUGUUAUUAAAUCUUGUGAGACCCACUGAGGUACAAUCAAUUUUUCCUCUAUUUCCUCUCUAAUUUUAGCGUCUUUAUCGGAUUAAAUAUUGGAGGGCACAUUCACAACGCCCUUCGUAAAUCCCAACAUGAGACACCAGACACCAGCAUCCCGUCCUUCUGUCCUCCUGUUUGAUCCUCACUGUGCUCUCAGAUACUGCCAAUGCUUUGGUUGAGUCGACACUACACACCGGGCAGGUUUUCAGUGUCGGGGGAGGUUCGGCACCUUUUGGGACACCUGGAUUGGUCCAGACGUACUCAGUCGAUCUAUGAAAGAACUGUUUAGGGAUUUUUCUGUUUGGUUGAUCCACACUCUGCUCUGACUGAGGGACCUGAGUCACAUACAGCAACCAGCCAGUUAAUGGGAACACAUCGGUGUAUCAUUCUGAUGUUUUGUUUUGUCCUCCUAUCAGAUAUGAUUUAUGUUUUCCUGCUCAUCGCAGCUGCACGGAAACUCACCGUAAAAACAGUUUUAGAAGGCAGUAAUGUGUCCAAGAGUUUGCCAAACAGGAAAUAAGUGUGGUGGGUUGAGAAACAUUGAACACUUGUAAUUUUACAAGGAAAAAGAUCUAAUUUUAACAACUUAUGUCUGGCAGUAGAGGAACCUGUGUGAGCUGUGUCUGUUGGACCUGUUCCCUCAGAUCAAAGCGGGAUCGAGCAGUUUUCAAUUUCAGGAAGAAUUUCCAUCCCGACUCAGACGGAUUCAGUCUCAACUGAGCAGAUGGGGUAGAUGUUCAUUUUACCUCUAACUGUCAAACGUUCUGAAAACCUUGAACCUCCCAAAAUGUGUUUUUUAAGAAACGAAGGAAAUCCAUCAGCAACCACACUGUUUCAGAUCACAGUGUGUAAUGGGUGUGAAAUGGUUAAAUGUGGAUUUAUUAUCUGUAUUGAAAGAUAAAAUCAAAAAGAAAGGAAUAGUGCCACAGUUGGAGUUGAGAUUUUAAUGCAACACCAACAUUUCACCUAACUGAACCCCUACAGUCUUUGUUGGAGAGUCGAGAGAGCGAACUUCAGCUCGGAGCCUAAAAGCUGUUGUAUUUUUCUCACACUUGUUCUGAUGAGGUUGGAUCAGUGGGAAAAAAGUUUAGUUUUAUUCACUUUUGGUUCCCCCUGGCAUGAAAAUGUUGAGCAGCUUAAGAUGCUGUGUAAAUGGUGAAGAGGCUCUUACUGCAGUUCAUCCCUCUCUUCCUCCCUCCUCCUCCUCCUCCUCCUCCUCCUCUGACUUUGAUUCUUGAUAUUCUCAGCUAAAAACUCCUCCAGGACAAACCGCUUCUUUUAAAUGGCAUCUGGGAGUUUUUUUUUUUGUUGUAGGAAUAAGUCAUCUUCGCAAACACAAACUGAACCGCUGAGAUCGUCCUGAAGGUACAAAAGGAAACAAAGUGCCCGAGUUUAGUUCUUUGGUCAGGCUUUAGCAAACACUGCUUCACUGACUUUAGAGUAUUUGAAGUGAUAAUCAAGUAGUCUGCCAGAAGAGCCAGGUAAGGUGGCAUUUGGGACUUUCUGGACUUUCUCAUUGGUUCCACAGUGUCUCUGUCAACCUCAAAAAGACGUUCUUGAGUUUUUAUACACGUGUUUUUGAGCCCAGGUCAGUUUACUUCAAAGCCAGACAGCUGCAGAACAGCACCACAAAGAACUAAAAACACCAACAGCUGUAUAAAAGAAAAAAAAUAGGCAAAUGACAAUCUUUAGAAAGGUGUAAUUUGCUCACUGUUUGAUUUCCAUUCCUUCUGUCUGUAAUAUACAGUGGGACAGACAGAAUCUGAGUGUUUCAGCCGUAAUCAGAGCGUUCGUACUCCAAAACUACUCCUCCUCUUCCUCCUCCUCCUCCUCUUGUUAUUAACGUCUCCACUGGCUGAGCAAACAGCCGACACAUUUCUAUCUGAUUUCUAUUUUUUAGUAUUACAUUAUUAUUAUCAAUGUUCUGAUUCUUCUUAAUAUUAUUUUAUAGAUAUAUUUUGUAGUGCAAGUAAAGUGGUCUUUUUUGGAAAAGAUAUUUUGUACAAUAUUCCAACAGCUUCACUCUGUAUGCCUAUACUGCACAUUCCAAACAUGGAUGUCAACCAACAACCGGGACCCGAUCGGCAUCACGACACAACUCGUUCAGCAGGGUUUAACCGCUAUCAGAUGUUAAAAUCAGUAAGAAGAUCGAGAGACAAGCUACAUGUUGACCUUUACUGUCCUCAGUAAGAGUCCGCCCUCGUGGUUCAUGCACAAGACGUGUGUUUUCCUCUUGAAAUGAAGCCUCCUUUUUCUUUUAAAGGUUAUGUUUACACAUCAUAGAGUUGUUGUAAGGUCAUGAUCCGGCAUUGAUCUCCCUGUAAAAAGCAUUAAAUGUUUUGAGGCUUGUAGAAGAGCUGUGUCUUUCUGUCAGACUUCAGAGGUACUGACGGGGUUUUCCAGCUGAGCAGCUGAGAACAGAGCAGAUGUAACCUUUCUGACUACAGUGCUAAAUCAAAGGUCCAAAUUGUUAAAAAAGGUCUGACUACCUUAUCUGCUGUGAUACAAAGCUUGUGUAAAAACCUGCAGCUUGUCGGCUGUGGAGCUUGUGCAGGUUGAAGUCCUAAAAACUGGCCUUAGAUGUUUAGAUGUCUUUAGUCAAAAUGAUCUCCAUAAGGCAAAAUCACCAGUUCUCAGAAGCCAAUCUGUUGAAAGAGAAUAACAUCAAUCACAAACUACUGUGCGCAGGGUUGUAACUGAGGUCAGGAGUCCAACUUCCCCCAACACCAACUCCCCACCCCCCUGAGAAAUGUUGACUAGACUGUAAAAAAUAUGUGAAAAUUUGUUCACAUUAUAUUUAUUAAUUUAAUUAUUUUAUUAAAAUUCUUCCAUUCUUGGAAUAUAAUUCAGGCGAAAUGUAAUUCCUUGAUUUUAUUUAUUAAAAUUUAAUUUAACUAAAGAAAUUCCGAAUCAGACUUUAGUGUGCAUUUUAAGAACCUCCUCAUGUCAGUGACAGGGUUGACACUUUGGGAAAUACACUUUAGAUUAGAAGAUUGAUACAACUUUUGUGUCUUUUUAUGUUAAAUAUGAAGUCAGAGCCAGCAGCCAGUUAGUUUAGCAUAGCUUAGCAUAAAGACUGGAAACCGGGGGAAACAGCUAGCCUGGCUCCGUCCAAAGGUAACAAAAUCUCUAAAGUUUACAAUGUUUGUUGUUUGUUUAGUACGUCCAAAAACAAAACAAUUGUAAGAAUAUGUUGGUUUUUUACGGGGAUUUUAGAUGCCAACUAUUUCUUGCAGUUGUCAGGCAACCAAUGGCGGGAAAUCACUGCUCCUGGCCAACAAAUAGUCCGGCACAUAAAAGCUAUAGCUCCCAUAAAAAGGUUUUGUACGCAUUAAUUGAACAAGAUAUAACCUGUUAAUUGGUGAGUUUUAGAAGUGCAGGUUGGUGUAUUUUGAUAGUUGUUUCCAUCUAUUUCCAGUCUUUAAGCUAAGCUAAGCUAAUCACCUGCUGGCUGCAACUACAUUUGAACAAACAUGAGAGUGGUAUUGAUCUUCUCAUCGAAUUCUCAGCAAGAAGUCAAAUGAGUGUAUUUGUCCAGAUGUCAAACUGUUCCUUAAAUAUCCACAAAAUGAUUCAUCACGCUGCUCGCAGACGAACCAAUCAUGUUUCAUGUCACAUAUGUCGUAGCUUCGUUUCAGACUCAAAGGACUCAGAUGCUGUAGAGUUGUUAAAUCCUUUCAGAAGCAUCAGAAACUGCUUCAGGGAAACUUCUCGAUUCGAACUGAAACCGUCAGAUGAGCUGCGAUGCCGGUCGGGUCCCUUCAAAUGAUCACACACUCCUUGAACCAGUCUGUCAGAUGUAAAGCUCAACACACACACACACACACACACAUUUAAAAAAAAAAAAAAGAAUUAAAGGAGACAAGAAAUGGACCUUUUUAUUUUUCUAUCAGGGCACGGUGUACAGCUACAAAAAAAAAAAUCAAAAAAUGGCUUUCUGAGCCGUUUUGUUUUAUUGUUUUUUUAUUUCUGUUCCUUUUUGGUGGUGCUUUAGAUUCCUUCAUUUUCUAAUUUUUAGCGAUAUUUGAUUCUUUUCUUCUCUCUUUCCGUCUUCACCCGACUUUGUACCGGACUCUUGAUUGUCUUGAUUUCCUCCGCCGGGGCUUUGUACCUACAGUAAUACCAAUGUGAAACCUGUAUUCUCCUCAUGAUUUAACUCAGUGGAAGUGUGAUGUUUACAUGUACAGAUUUUUGCGAUUCUUUCUGGUUUUGUUUUUUAGUUUUGUUUUUUUCUGUUUCGUUUCUUCUCAUCUCUCCCCCUCUCUCUUUUUUCCCCCAAUCAUCCCUGUUUUGAGUUAAUCUGACUCCUUCCUUACACACUGAAGGGAAAUGGGACUGCGUCUAAAUACAAUUAUCACCAUUUCACACAUAAGCCUAUCACACGCGAGGGGACACGCUGACAUUUUGAAUUUCAGUCGGCCGCUUUUCUUCACCACACACCUGCUUAGAUUUUUAGUUUUUAAGCCCUGCAUCCUUUUACAAAAGCCUUGUUGAGUGGAGGAAAACGGUUCAUUUUGCGCUUGGUGAAGAAACGCUGUGCGGCUGAAAUUGAAAAGCGAGGCGUCCCCGGACGAUACCGAUUGUUUGGGAGGGUGGGGGGGAGGGUGGGGGGGGAGUCGAGCUGUGUGUUUGUCUGCCUCUGUGGGGGGGCUGACCUUUGACCUCUCGGCUAACUCCACAGCACACAAAAUCACAGUGGGGCCACAACGACCCUCCGCUGGUGUGACCAGGAUCCGGUGGAGAUGAUUCCUCAGUGAAUGAUAAGCCAUUACAGACCCUGUGUGUCGGGUCUCUUAGUCUAUUAGUAUAUUUAGCAAAACUUUAAACUGCAGAUGACAAAACUCAACCUCAGGAAAAAAAAAAAAAAAGGACAUCACUUUUGUAAAAACACGUCUAACUGAAGGCCCAUUUCCCUCUCUUUGAUACCAUAUAAAUUAUAUCAAAAUUCUUUUUAUAUUUAUUGUGUUUAUUAUUAUAUAUAACAGUGGAUACCUUUUUUCCAGUACAUGUGGCUAAAUAUUUUGAUUCUUUAGAAAAGUGUUGAUAAUAUAUGUGAAGCAACUUAAACGAUCGAGGAAAAAAAAAAGAAGUUAAAAAAAAGAAAUCUAGGGUUAUUUUUUUCUGUUUGUUGACUACGUUGGAGCGGUACGGGCGUGUUUGUUUAGCCUAACAACGAGAACAUAUCACUCUGGUCCAUGACAAAGAAACCAAUGAUCGAAAAACUGAGCUUUCUUUUGUGUGAUGUCACUGCUAAGGCUGAAAUGUUUCUGGACUUUAAAAAAAAAAAAUUGUGACCAUUUAGUUCUGUUUUUUUGUUUUUCUCCCGAGCUGUACGUCACAAAGCUAAAUAUACUAAUAAAACGGUGUGCUAUCUAUCAAA